UCUGAAAGGUCUGUGCCUUUCUGUGGCAUGCUAAAAGGAACUUCAGUGACGAUCCCGGUGAUCGAGCAGGACGGCCCGCUCGUCAUCAACCACGUGCUAGGCGGGUCCGUGCCGUACCACUUCAACAUCCGGGCCACACAGAUCCGCUGCGCAUCGGUGCCUGACGUCAGCGAGCAGCUGCAGAGCUCAGCGUGCGGGCGCCGAAAUAGAGGCAUGGUGCGCCACAAACGUACUGCCAUGACCAGCGUGGACGGCAACCACGCCAGACCGAGGGCUGACGAAGACCCGGUCAGGCCGGAAAACGGCGAGGACGAGCAGCAGGAGUAUCUGGGCACGGACGGCUUCUCAAGCGGCGUACUGGACGUCGACACACCAUGGCUCAAUUUCCCAUACGACUAUCUCAGAUCGUUCGACAUACAGGACAAGUUCGCGUCCGCCAGAAAAACCCUGACGCGCAUCCUGGGUGGCUCGGAGACAGGCGUCAAUGAGUGGCCGUGGCAGGUGGCACUGCUGAAGCGCAAGAACCUCUCCUCCCGCUCCAUCGCCUUCUUCUGUGGCGGCGUGCUCAUCAACGAGGAGUACGCGCUGACGGCGGCUCACUGCGUCACCGGCUUUAAGAGCUUCAAUUUCACGGAGGUCCGGAGACACAUCAUCGUGAGCGUCGGCGAUCACGACCUUCGGAGGCUGAACGACACGAAGGCCGCCUUCCGGGGGGUGCGUGACGUUAUAGUGCACCACAUGUGGGACAAGACGCGCAACGUCAACGACAUCGCUCUCAUCCGCCUCAGCAAACCGGUCACCUUCUCGGGCUCCAUCGCGCCGGCCUGCAUGCCUACCGACAAUCGGACGAUGACUGACGAGGAAGUCACGAUCACCGGCUGGGGCGUGAUCUCCUUCAACCGCACGGCCGGUCCGGUGUCGCCCGUCCUCAAGGGAGUCACACUCAGCCCGGUCGCGCUGGGGCCGUGCAACGAGCUCUGGAAGAAGUACGAUAACCCACGCACCAUCUACCCAGAGUUUUUACCCAUUGACGAG